AUGGCAGCACAGGUUCUGUAUCGGUUCACACUUCUUGCAGGAAGGCAGAAUGGCCAAAUUUUUAGUGUGGAUGCUGCCAAGAGGAUGGCUGUGGAGCUUGAAGCAGAGGGAAAAGAUGAUUUGGACUUCAAUGUGAACAUCUUGGUUCUUGGAAAAUCUGGAGUGGGUAAAAGUGCUACUAUAAAUUCGAUAUUUGGAGAGGAGAAAGCACCAAUCGAUGCAUUUGAAACUGGGACGACUUCUGUGAAAGAGAUUAGUGGGUUUGUUGAUGGAGUUAAGGUUGUGGUUUCUGACACACCUGGUCUCAAGUCUUCGGUAAUGGAACAGGCUUACAACCGCAAUGUAUUGUCUUCUGUAAAGAAGUUCACGAAGAAAAGCUCACCAGAUGUCGUCCUCUAUGUGGACCGAUUGGAUGCUCAAACAAGAGAUCUUAACGAUCUACCACUACUGAGGACUGUUACUAGUUCUCUUGGCCCCUCUACCUGGCGAAGUGCAAUAGUCACCCUUACACAUGGUGCCUCUGCACCUCCAGAUGGACCUUCUGGCACUCCUCUGAGUUACGAGGCGUUUGUUGCUCAAAGAUCUCAUGUUGUCCAACAGUCCAUUGGACAGGCGGUAGGUGAUCUACGUAUGAUGAGUCCAAGUCUGAUGAAUCCUGUUUCUCUUGUGGAAAACCACCCCUCUUGCCGGAAGAACAGGGAGGGUCAGAAAAUACUUCCCAAUGGCCAGAGUUGGAGAUCUCAGUUAUUGCUGUUAUGCUACUCGAUGAAGAUAUUAUCAGAAGCAAGUUCUCUCUCGAAACCAAAUGAUCCAUUUGACCACCGCAAGCUAUUUGGUUUUCGUGUCCGCUCACCACCUCUUCCGUACAUGUUGUCAUCGAUGUUGCAGUCUCGUGCACAUCCAAAGCUUCCUUCUGAGCAGGGCGGAGACAAUGCUGAUUCGGAUAUAGACUUGGAUGAUUUUUCAGAUUCUGAUCAAGAAGGAGAAGAUGAAUAUGACCAGCUCCCUCCGUUUAAGCCUCUGAGGAAAGCUCAGAUAGCUAAACUCAGCAAAGAACAGAGGAAGGCAUAUUUUGAAGAGUAUGACUAUCGGGUGAAGCUACUUCAGAAGAAACAGUUUAAAGACGAAAUCAGAAGGAUGAAAGAAUUUAAAAAGCAAGGGAAGGUUCCUGCAACUGAUUACGGUAAUCCAGAGGAAGAAGCCGAUGCUGUAGCUGCAGCUCCUGUGGCAGUUCCUCUACCAGACAUGGCCCUGCCACCUUCAUUUGAUGGCGAUAAUCCUGCAUACAGGUACCGUUUCUUGGAGCCAACCUCUCAGUUUCUUGCAAGACCAGUUCUAGAUUCCCAUGGUUGGGACCAUGAUUGUGGAUAUGAUGGCGUUAACCUCGAACAUGGCCUUGCUAUUGCCAAUCGCUACCCAGCUGCAUUUACAGUUCAAAUCACUAAGGAUAAGAAAGACUUCACACUCAGUUUGGAUUCCUCGGUUUCAGUUAAGCACGGGGAGAAUAUCUCGAGCAUGGCAGGGUUUGACAUUCAAAGUAUGGGAAAGCAACUUGCAUACAUAGUCCGAGGUGAAACCAAAUUCAAAAAUUUGAAGAAGAACAAGGCGGCUGGUGGGAUAUCUGUUACUUUUCUAGGCGAGAAUGUUGUGCCUGGUGUGAAGAUUGAGGAUCAGAUAACAUUGGGAAAACAGUUUGUUUUAGUUGGUAGCUGUGGUGCAGUUCGUUCACAGAGUGAUACUGCGUAUGGAGCCAACUUUGAACUGCAACGUAAGGAGCUCGACUCUCCAAUGGGCCAGGUUCAAUCGACCCUCAGCAUGUCUGUGAUCAAAUGGCGCGGCGACUUAGCUCUCGGGUUCAACAGUCUGGCUCAAUUCUCAAUCGGGCGUAAUUCUAAGGUUGCUGUCCGAGCCGGGAUUAACAACAAGCUCAGUGGUCAGAUCACCGUAAGGACAAGUAAUUCGGAGAAUCUCUCUCUUGCCCUGGCUGCUAUUAUUCCAACUGCAAUUUCCAUUUACAGGAAAUUCUGGCCUGGUGUUGCGGACAAGCAUUCAAUUUACUAG